AAAAGAAAGCCGUCUUCUUCUUCUUCCUCAGACAGAGUCUCUUCCAUCUUUAGUCGGAGAGGCAUUUGAAAUCUCUUCUGAUCACCGGAAGUUCUCUCGCGGAAGGUGGACGCCGUCGUAUUGCCGCCUAUUUCUUAGACUCAAUUGGUGUUGCUAGUAGUCAUGGAAUGCAACCCCGUUGUAAAACCCUAAUUAUUUGCAUCUAUGAACACCGGAACAAUGAGAUUUGGUUUCUCAUCCGCUUCGCAUUUAGUAUGAAACCACAGAUGUUCCUUAGAUCAGUCAUUCAGCUCUAUUCAAAGCCGUCAUGGAUGCAACGUUCCUACUCCUCCGGCAACUCGGAAUUCAACAUCUCUGGCGAGGUCAUUAGUAUCCUAGCUAAGAAGAAACCAAUAGAGCCUGCUUUGGAGCCGCUUGUUCCGUUUCUCUCGAAUAAAAUCAUCACAUCGGUAAUCAAGGAUGAGGUCAAUCCACGAUUAGGAUUCCGUUUCUUUAUAUGGGCAUCAAGAAGAGAGCGUCUCAGGAGCCGCGAUUCUUUUGGUUUGGUCAUUAAUAUGCUCUCUCAAGAUGAUGGGUGCGAUCUAUAUUGGCAGACAUUGGAGGAGCUUAAAUCUGGUGGUGUUUCUGUCGAUUCUUAUUGUUUCUGUGUUUUGAUCUCAGCUUAUGCUAAGAUGGGUAUGGCUGAGAAGGCGGUGGAGUCGUUUGGAAGGAUGAAGGAGUUCGAUUGCAGACCCGAUGUCUUCACCUACAACGUGAUUUUGCGUGUCAUGAUGCGAGAAGAAGUCUUUUUUAUGUUGGCUUUUGCUGUGUAUAAUGAGAUGCUAAAGUGCAAUUGUUCCCCAAAUCGAUACACGUUUUGUAUUUUGAUGGAUGGGUUGUACAAGAAAGGGAGAACAAGUGAUGCACAGAAGAUGUUCGACGAUAUGACAGGUAGAGGAAUCUCGCCUAACAGAGUUACUUAUACCAUUCUCAUUUCAGGUUUGUGUCAGAGGGGAAGUGCUGAAGAUGCACGAAAGCUAUUCUACGAGAUGAAAGCGGGUGGUGACUCUCCUGAUUCCGUCGCAUACAAUGCUUUGCUUGAUGGUUUUUGUAAAUUAGGUCGGAUGGUUGAAGCAUUUGAGCUGUUGCGGCUUUUUGAGAAAGAUGGUUUUGUGCUUGGUCUUCGAGGUUAUAGUAGUUUAGUUGAUGCGUUAUUCAGAGCUAAUAGAUACGCCCAGGCAUUUGAGUUGUAUGCAAAUAUGCUGAAGAAUAAUAUUAAGCCUGACAUCGUUUUUUACACGAUAUUGAUUCAAGGGUUAUCUAAAGCCGGUAAGAUUAAGGAUGCAUUGAAGCUGUUAAGCAGCAUGCCAAGUAAGGGCAUUAGCCCAGAUACCUACUGCUACAAUGCUGUCAUAACGGCUCUAUGUGAGAGGGGAAUUUUGGAAGAGGCUAGGUCCCUCCAACUCGAGAUGUCAGAAAAAGAAUCCUUCCCUGAUGCGUGCACACACACAGUUCUCAUUUGUAGCAUGUGCAGGAAUGGGCUGGUUAGGAAAGCUGAAGAAAUUUUUGUGGAGAUUGAGAAGAGUGGUUGUUCUCCUUCAGUGGCUACGUUUAAUGCUUUAAUUGAUGGAUUGUGCAAGUCCGGUGAGCUCAAAGAAGCCAGGUUAUUGCUGCAUAAAAUGGAGGUCGGGAGACCUGCUUCCUUGUUUUUAAGGCUUUCGCACAGUGGAAACCGGAGUUUUGACACCAUGGUUGAAUCCGGUUCUAUUCUCAAGGCAUAUAGAGAUCUUGCACAUUUUGCUGAUACCGGGAAUUCUCCAGACAUUGUUACUUACAAUGUUCUUAUAAACGGGUUCUGCAAAGCAGGAGACAUUGACGGUGCUCUCAAGCUUCUCAAGGUGCUUCAACUAAAGGGUUUAUCCCCUGACAGCGUCACUUACAAUACUCUCAUCAACGGACUUCAUAGAGUCGGCAGAGAAGAAGAAGCUUUAAAACUCUUUUAUGCGAAAGAUGAUUUUCGACACAGUCCAGCGGUUUACAGAUCGCUCAUGACAUGGUCAUGUCGGAAGAGAAAGGUCUUGGUGGCUUUUAGUCUAUGGAUGAAAUACCUAAAGAAAAUAUCUUGUCUGGAUGAUGAAACAGCUAAUGAGAUUGAACAAUGUUUCAAGGAAGGGGAAACCGAGAGAGCUUUAAGACGACUUAUUGAAUUGGAUACCAGAAAAGACGAGUUAAGUUUAGGGCCUUACUCAAUCUGGCUGAUAGGGUUAUGCCAAUCAGGGAGAUUUGACGAGGCCUUGAUGGUGUUUUCGGUUUUAAGGGAGAAGAAGAUCCCCGUCACACCUCCGAGUUGUGUCAAAUUGAUUCAUGGACUCUGCAAAAGAGAACAACUUGAUGCAGCAAUAGAUGUGUUCUUAUACACUAUAGAAAACAACUUCAAGCUGAUGCCUAGAGUUUGCAACUACCUACUAAGCUCCCUCCUGCAUUCACAAGAAAAAAUGGAGAACGUUUCUCAACUUAUAAACAGAAUGGAACGAGCAGGGUAUGAUAUCGACUCGAUGCUUCGAUACAAGCUUUUGAAACAUCAUAGACAUAGAAAGCAGGUCCUGAUAUAUCCUUAGGUAAUGAAAUGAUACGUAAAAGGUUUAUCUGCAUCCGGAUUCAGUGGUACGGGGUUUUGUCGAGAAGAGAAAAUAGUGUUUUGAUUCGAUCUCUUUACCUUAACAUUACAUUAGAGUACCGAGUGUAAGCAGGUGAAAAGGAGGUUAUUAUACGUAAAUGCUUUGUAUGCUUUAUUUAUAGAGUCGUUCUUGAAGAUUUCGUUAUCUUUCUUUUUCUUAUUGUACACUGAUUUGUUUUGUAUGAUGAUAUGUUAAAUCUCUUUGAAAUAAAGAAUGUCUGCAGCUUCCUGCAUCGCUAA